AUGGACAACGACCCGCCUCUCGCGCCACUCCAACUUCACCUUUCUCCGCUUUUGUCCUCCCCACCCUUUUCCCUCCAUACCUCCCUCGCAUACUUCCUUCCUCCCGCCCCAUACUUCCCCUCUCCCACCACAACAGACGAUCCCGCGUCUGCCGAGUUAAUCACCCUCAACGCCCUGACCCUCACCCCAAAAGACGGCCUCUCCACUAGCGGACUAUCGUCGAUGCUGUCGAACCGAACGGAGAGCCUGAAGACGCGUUUACGGAAUGCCAUGGGCACGAUGCCUUCGUGA